UUUUGAAUUAUGAUUGAGGAAGAGGGACAACAAUUGAAAAGUUAAUUAGAAUAACAACUAAUAGAAGCCAUUUUAGAUUCUCUUUAAAAUCAUUUGGAUUAAAAUGCUACUUUUUUAGGUAAUCAUUGUCUUUUAAUAAUGCAAUAGCUGAAAGAUUGGUGUAUGAGAGAGACAUUGAAGAAUAUCGAUCAUUAUUGGCUGAAUGUUACUUAUAAGAGUAAUAGCCAUAUAAAGCUUGUCAUAUACUUAAGGAUUGUAAGUCUGAAUUCAAUCGGUAUAUAAUUAAAUUAAUGCUUUUAGUUAUUAAUAUGCAUUGUCACUCUAUCGAAAUAAAAAAUAUAAGGAAGCCGAAGUUGCUUUAGUAGGAACUUAGUUUAGUAAUCAAUUUUCUCCUUAAACUCCAACUAUACCUAAUGGAGGUUUUGGUUAUUUUUUGUUAGGAUAGAUUUAAGAAUAAUUACAUCGUAUUGAUGAAGCUAAACAUCAAUAUUACAGAGCAUUAGAUUAAAAUCCCACUUUAUGGAUGGCUUUUGAAAGACUUUCAAAAAUUGGAGAAUCUGUCACUAUUAAUAAAGUGUUUAAUGAUUAGAAAUAGAGAUAAUAUGAAACUAAUAGAUAAUAGAGCUGUAAUAUAUACAAAAUUAUUUAAAAUUUAUUGAAAAAUAAGACAAAUAAUAAUUUGAAAUCAGGAUAAAAGGAGGAAGAAAUAAGAGAUGAAGCCUAAAUAUUUGAUACUGUAACAUUUCUUAUAACUAUAUUAUUUAUAGUAAUUUUCAGGCAAGAGAUAAUCAUAAACAAUUAAGCCAUUUUCAACUACUGGUGUUUAAUAAUAAAUAGUUCAUAUGGAUGACACAUCUAAUAGUUAAAUGAAAUUCUUAUGUAAUUUAAAUAAUUUAUUAUAUAUAAUAGAACAUCAAUAGAAAAAAAUAGGUGCUAAAAUGGUACCAACUCCAGGAGUAGGAUAUUAGAAUUAUUAAUCUCUUCUUAGUUAACCUUUUCAAUUCUCAUAAAAUUAAAAUAAAAAUUUUAAUCCUAAAAAGAGUGAUAUUUAAAAAGUCAAUACAGCAGCUAUACAAUAAUCUCCAAGUUUGAUUAAGUAAGAUUAUGAAUUUAAUAAUUUAAUAGUUUGCCAUAACUUUUGAAAUUAUUUGCCCAUCCAUAUUAUUUAUGGACAAAUUAUUCUGUGGAAGCUAUUGCUAAUUUUUAAAAAUUGCCUCCAUAACACUAUAGAUCAGGAUGGGUGCUUGAAAAAGUAGCAAGAAGUUUCAUGGAUUAAGUAAAAUACACUGAUGCAGAAAGAGUUUGGAAAGAAAUGAAACAAAUUGAACCAAAUCGUCUAGAAGGUUUGGAUUAUUAUUCAUCUUGCUUAUGGCAUUUGAAAAAAUAAUCAGAAUUAACAUACUUAGCUCAUUCAUGUUUAUAAAUCAGUAUGUAAGCACCUGAAACAUGGAUUGCUAUAGGAAAUUGUUUUAGUUUAAGCAAAGAAAUAGAUAAUUCAAUUAAAUUUUUUGGAAGAGCUAUUUAAUUAAGAAAAGAUUAUUCUUAUGCUUAUACAUUAUCAGGUCAUGAAUUUUCAUAAAAUGAGAAUUUUUAAUAAGCAAAGAAAUCCUAUGACAUGGCAACUUCGUUAGAUUAAAGAUAAUAUAAUGCUUGGUGGGGAUAAGGAAAUAUGUAUUAUAAGACAGAUAAAUAUGAUGAUGCAAUAAGAUGUUUUACUUAGGCAUUGAAAAUAAAUUCAAACAAUCCAGUUCUUCCAACAUUUUUAGCAAUGAGUUAUGCUGCUAAAGGAGAUCAUUAUGAAGCUUUGAAAUACUUUGAAUAAAGUGAAAAAUUAGAUCCUUAAAAUGGUUUAAAUAAGUAUUAAAAGGUAUAUAUAGAUAAUAAUAAUAGGCAAAUUCAUUGAUAAAAUUAGAUUAAUAUGAUUAAGCAUUAAAUGAAUUAUAGAGAUUAAGAGAAUUGAUACCUAAAGAAGCAGCAAUAUAUAUUUUGAUGGGUCGUAUCUAUAAGAAACUAGGAAAGAUUUAAGAAGCACAAAGGUAAAAUAAUAUAAUAAUAAUAUUUAGUUGUUUCAGCACUGCAAUGUCACUUGAUUAAAAAGAUUCUGCUAAAAUCAAAGGACUUAUGGAGAGUUUAAAUAAUCCAAAUAGUGAAUUCAAUGAUGAUUUUGAUUUAUGACAU